AUCAGACCGUAGUCUGCUUGCUAUUCAUUGUUGUUUUCAGAUUGUUGUUUCUAUUUGUCUGUCUAAAUCCCUUUACGGCACAAUUUUCAUUGAGUACUUCCGAUUACGUUAACAUGGAAUGCAGCGUUGACGUAUUUGUAGGCAAUUCCACUAUAAUCGACCCUGAAAUAUAUCAACUCUGGGUCGACGGCAAUUCCUCUCACGAGGCCGCCGACAUUUUACAGCAAAGAGGAAUACUUCAGCAAUGGGGGGCUAAUAUGGAUCUCCUGAUGUCAGAUGUACUAGACCAUUAUCGAACAUUUCACAUGCUGGAAAAGACGCUUCACACUCCACUCAAAUUAACUGCCGCUGGAGAGUGGACAUUUCAAAUGGAGGCAGACACUCAGCAAUUGCUCAUUGAAAGAUAUUACGAAUUGGAUGAUGUAGUUGUAAGGGAGGUCCUGGGGAAGAAGCUCUCCUCAAGACAUCGGAAAGAUUUGGAUGAGGUUUCUGAAAAAACAGCAAUAUCUCUAAGGUCUUGCAGGAGGCAAUUUGACAAUGUCAAGCGUAUACACAAGCUUGUCGAAGAGAUGCCAGGUCACAUAGUGCACAACAUCCAACAUAACUUUCUUCUCUCUGCUGAACUGUCGAAGAAAUAUGCUGCAGUGGUCUUUGUGGCCGUCAACCGUUUCGAAACCAACAAAAGAAAACUUCAGUACUUGAAUUUCGGAGAUUUUUACCAUUGUGCUCAUCAGAUGAUCGUUCACUGGUCCUCGACUGCUUCGUGUCAUAAUGCGACUUUAGUUAGGAAUCAGUUGGAAACGGAAACGGAAAUCGAAACGGAUCUCGAUGUCGACAGGGGAUUCCUGCACGACCUGAGAGAGGUGCGCAUACUCCUCGACAAAGAAAAAGAGCACAAGCAUCUCGUUUGCUCUCAGCUCAAGGGACGGCUGACGGAUAAGAUUUACGCCGACAUGGAAUCCUCUUUCAAGACGCAUUCACGUUCACUCGUGUCCUUGGCCGGCAAUCUCAAUAGAUCGAGAGAACUGCGAUCCCUCUUUGUGGACUUGGUGGAGCGCUGCGUCGAGCCUCUGAGGCAGGCCAGGUGGACAUCAAGGGAUUUGAGACUGUUCCUCGACUACUACACACCAGCCGGAGUUCAAUUGUUUAAAAGCGAUUCGGCGACGGCUCUCGUAUGGGAGCGCUACAUGAAAGUCAUUUCCAGCUGCCUAGUCAAAAUCUACCACAACUAGUUCGUGUGUCGAAUCAGAUGCUUUAAUACCUUCAUUACCUACCGUCUCCUGCGACCCGGAAAAUGCCCCUUGUUAUUUCCGCUCCGUUUCAUCGUGUGUCAACACGGAAAAUUCUGAAGCAGGUGUUACGUAAGAGAAUUAUCCGCUUAACGCUGUAAAUAAACUUUUGGAAAUUGUCAAA